UCUGGCGCGAGCGGCUCUAUGGUGGCGGCCGUUGGCGCGGCGGCGCUUCCGGCGGGCGCGAGGGCCUGUGGGGGAUCGCCGCGCGCCACUUCUGCCGGCGGUGCUGAGGGAGCGGAGCCGCCAUGUCUCACACAAUUCUACUUGUCCAGCCUACCAAGAGGCCAGAAGGCAGAACAUAUGCUGAUUAUGAAUCAGUGAAUGAGUGCAUGGAAGGAGUCUGUAAAAUGUAUGAAGAGCAUCUGAAGAGAAUGAAUCCCAACAGUCCAUCCAUUACAUAUGAUAUCAGCCAAUUGUUUGACUUCAUUGAUGACUUGGCAGACCUCAGCUGUCUUGUUUACCGUGCUGAUACUCAGACAUACCAGCCGUACAACAAAGACUGGAUAAAGGAGAAGAUCUACGUUCUCCUCCGCAGGCAGGCCCAGCAAGCAAGCAAAUAAUGGGGGCACCAUUGCUACACGGGUUUGGGGAGGGUUUGGACAACAGGUGUGUACAGAGUGUAGUAGUGAACGUUUUGUAUUAUAGUCAUCCUGUUGCCAUCUUGAUAAACUUGUUAGCCAGGACUGAUUGUAUUUUUAGAGAUACAAGGAAUUUGUUGGAUUUGAAUUUUUUUCAGUGUAAAUGGAGAAGAAAGUACAACAUCUUCAGCAGAAUUUUGGGUUUUUUCCUCCAGUUUGCUAAUGGUCCUACCUUAUUUGAACCCCUGGGGCUGUUCACAUUGUACUUCACCACAUUUGCUGUAUGUGCCCCUCCAUGGAUUUUUUACAUUCAGUUAUGUCCUUGAGAUGUCUUAAUGGGAAAUAAAAAUCUACCCUUUAGUUAAAUUUGAGUGCUCAAUUUUGGGGUUCCUGCCAAAAAUCACAAUUUUUUUUUCCCUGUUAUCCAAGGGUUAUGGCUUGAAAGGUUGUGUGGACUGAACCAGCAGCUGUUUCCUGUAUUACAGAACAGCUCAAAUUCUGGCUUAGUCUCGGUACUGUUUCCUUGGGCAUCUUUGGGAAACACUGCAACCCUCUUGCACUGCACAGCUGAUCUCUCUACAAGACAUUUGUAUGUAGGUGUGUCUACUUGGAAUUGGUGAUGGAUAAGAGCAGGCUUAAUGUAUCACAUCACAGGCCCCUUGAAUUAGUCUGCUUACAGUUUUCCCCCAAGAAAGGAAUAGGCAAAGCAGAUUGCUCCCAUGAAAAUCUGCCCCAAACUUAAUUUUCUCUUUACAGAAGAUAAAGACUUAACUGUUUGCCCACACUGUAAGUUAUAUCUACCUCCAUCUAUCUUAAAUGCUGAUGUUUUUGUAGUUUUGCUGUACUGAAAUGAUUUGGAUUGGAGGACACUUCAGACUGAAAAAUAGAGCAGGUAGAAAAGAAAGGCUGGUUUGGUACUCUGUGCCUUUAGAGUUUGCCUGCUGUAGGAACAGACUAUUACAGAUUACACUCAACCAAGAGUGGUUAUGGGAUUGGCAGAGGAAUGCAAUUCUCUCCAGUGCACCUAACUUCCUAAUACAAAUCAAUAGUCUCUGAUGAAUCUCACAGCAAAUGCACUGGCUGAAAAGAAUCUGAGGCAAAGUGACUGUCUAUAGUAAAGCUUUAAUGAAAAUAGCUUUACUUAAGUGAUAAAUAAUAGCUGCUGAAGACUGGAAAUCAAAUUACUGAAGGGGUAUAAAUUCUUAGAAAGAAAUUGGGUGAGGGUGUUAAGCUCAGCACAAAUACAGGUUGGAGAUUAGACCUAGCUCUAGAAUUUAUUGUGACCUGGAAUAAAUACAAUCUGCUGACAUCAAAACAUGCUUCCUUUAUAAUGAAUAGUGAUUUUCAAAACAUUGUAGGUCAGAAAUAUAUUAGUACACUUAAAAUUAUUAAGUAUGAAAAUACUUUGCUAUCUAAGUUUUAUAUCCAGCUUGAAUACAGUAAAUAAUACUUAGAAAAUUAACUGUUGCCCAUAUAAUAACAUUCAGAUUAAAUACAAGCAAUGUUAUUUAAACAGCUUUUAUAGUUUAUCCUCCUGACUAGUACAUACUAAAAUAACAUGGUCUCUUCUUAACAUGUUUGAGGUUAAUUUCAAAUUUUUUUUUUUGUAAAAAUUCCGAUACUCUCAUGGAUGCAAUUUUGCAAUAUUCAAAUAAAGCCAAGUAAGCA